AGAGAAUACAAAAAAUCCAGGGUUUGUCAACUGUAGGUAAAGAACAAAUUAAUCAACUCUCAUGCAGCGUCGCCCCAUGUUUUCCACUGAAUUUCUGAUUCUCAUAAUCCCUACAGACAACUAUGGAUUACAUGCAUAUCCCCAACGUUGAAUAAUCUCCAAGUUAGCCCGCACCCACUUAAAGCUUCUACACUCAUAUCCCUAUACCUCAAUCUCUAUAUAUACGACCCACCCAAUUGUCCAUACAGAAAUAUUAAACAUGGAGCGAGAGAGAAACGAAGAGAAUAAUUUGCGGCAGCAGCAAGAUCCCGGACGGCAAAUGGCGGCCAACGACCACCACCAGCCUCCGCCACCACCCAGGAAGUGCCCGCGUUGUGAUUCUUCCAACACUAAGUUCUGUUACUACAACAACUACAGCCUCUCCCAGCCUCGGUACUAUUGCAAGACUUGCCGGAGGUACUGGACACACGGCGGGACCUUAAGAAACGUCCCCGUCGGCGGAGGUUGCCGAAAAAUCAAGCGCUCGAGAACCUCAUCCUCGUCUUUCUCAAGCAGUGAGAUCGCAAGAACUCAAUGUUCAUCACCCGCACUUCCAUCUCAAAAUCUGACGGGUAUGAUUUCGGGCCAAGUGGUAAGGCCCGUGCCUCGGGUAAUCCCGACGGCGGGUAAUUCUUUCUACACUGGUCGUGCGUGUUUGCCUUCUUUGGGCACCAUGCAAUCUCUACCUGGCGAAAUCAAUCAGAGGGCGUCGGUAAAUUUGGACGGGGGCAACAACCAAUUCGGUGCAAAUAUGGCCCUUUUACAAGGGUUAAGUUUCCAAACUCUCAGACCUCAGACUGCCAAUCAAUUCCAACCGCAGGCCCAUUAUUUUCCGUCGCAGCAAAGUCUGGUUCCGCCGAGGCCGCCUUUGAGUUCUUGGACUCAAAGUUUAAUAAAUCCAGGCGCCUCUAGCUCUUCAUCCGCCAACUCCAGUAUUUGGAGCUCCGCCACAGGCUGCAACAUCGCCGACGGAAGCAAUCAGGCGGCGGGUUCUUCCUUCAGUACAGGUCAAUGGGCUGACAACCAUCAUCCAGGAUUCAAUCCUCCUCAUCACUGAAUGUCUACAUAUUUCCGGGCAAGAACAAGAGAUUGAUGGACAGGUUCAGAGUGUCGAUUGCAGGUGUAAACGUAGGAAAAAAAUGUUCUGAUUCAGCGUAUAGCAGUGUGUUGAAUUGGGUUUACUUCUAAGAACUAUUUGAUGAUGAAUUAUUCACUAAUGUUCGUAUUAAUUACUUUGUAAUGUAUACUAAUUAGCAUUAGCAGUAACUGAUUUACAUCUUUGAAUUAUGAAGGUACACAAUGGAAUGAUUACAUAUUUAUAUGUACAAAGGUUCCUUUCCUUAAUUACAGAGGUUGGUUGUAUGAUUAGUUGAAGAUGUGUUUUGUUUCCCGGUUGCAUUUUCCACUGUAAAUUUCUCUCUAUUUUAUAUACAACAGUUGAUAAUUUUUAAAAAGAAAAGGUUAUUUUUAAUUAAUAUUUUACUCAUAAAAAUUGUGUUUAAAAUUAUAAAAUGCCUCUUGUUUGAAAAUGAGACAGGUUUUUGUAAUCUGAUUAAGGAAAAUUCUUAUUGAAAUUAGGUUUGACUGAAUCAAACUAAUCACAGAAAAAGUGCUAUACAGUUGUCAUCAGUAACGUCGUAAAUAUAUUACACUUAUCUCGUAAUCAUAAUCGGCCGGGCCCUAAUUAAAUGAUUUUACACUGAGAAAAAUCCAUAUAUG